UACAAGUCCUCGCUAACGCUCGGAACCCGCCACAUACAACACUGUAGACUACUAUAAAGCCUCAAAGCUUUGCGCUUCCUGUGGUCUCCAUCACUUUCUCAUUCACCCCUAGUCUACCACAUCCAAUGGCCUCCAAUCUCACAACCAACGCUGUGUAUGACCUAACAAGAAGGGUUGUGAGGACCAAUGAGGCAAUCAACACCACAGACUCCCUACACGACCCUAAGGUACGGAAGGGUACGUACACAUUCAUAGGAGGCCGACAAGAAGUUGUGGCUGUGAAAGUCAUGAGACCAAUAUCGUUUUUCGACAAUGAAGAGGCGGAGGAAGCAACUCAGCUUCUCCUACAGGAAGUAAGAAUAUACUACACAUGUAGUCAUGUCAACUUGGCCUCAUUUGAUGGUAUAUGUUACGAGAACAUGCGAGAGAAGCGCAUCCCCUGUCUGAUAAUGUCGUUCUAUAAGAACGGGUCUAUCAUGGAGUACAUGAGAAACAAUCUGGGUGCUGUGCGGAUGGACUUGCUUCGCCAAGUUUUUGCUGGAUUGACUUAUCUGCAUAGCCGAAAUGUCGUUCAUGGCAACCUCAAACCUACAAAUAUUCUCAUCGACGAUGGAGACAAUGCAUUGUUAGUGAACUUUGGGCUCACUCCGAUGCCUUGUGUGAUGGAAACAUUGGAAAGGACAGCGGAGACGGCUCUGUCGUGGGUUCGGUGCCGCUACUUCAAGUUGGCGCCCGAGUUGCUGUUAACACCACCAACACGAACAUUACCAUCAGACGUCUGGCCAGCAGGGAUGGUGGGUCUACAGAUUCUUUCUGGAAAUAUCCCGUAUAUGGAACACAACAUAAAGGACGGACUCACCGGCGCUUUGAUGGCUAAAGAAAUACUACCCUCUCGUUUGGAAUGGUGCAUGGUCUGCAUUUUGGCAUUGUUGGCAGAUCCCAACCAGACGACCGACUAUGAAAAAAUUGCUGGAUUACUUGGACUAUCAUUAUGCACCUGACUCGGGAAGGUGCCGUUAGAGUUACCAGAAUUCGCGGUUGUAGGCUAUGUACAUAGGUUUG